AUGACUUGUACGUCUUUUCUUUUAUCUAUCUAUCUAUCUAUCUAUCUAUCUAUCUAUCUAUCUAUCUAUCUAUCAGUCUAUCUUUUUAGUUAUUUUUAUCUCUUUUUCUUCAUUUAUUCUUCGUUUUGCUUGUCUUUCUGCCGUUCGCCAAUUCGUCUUCCCAACAAUUUUGAAAUUUUAGUCUUUCAUUCGCUUUUCAUUAUCUAUUGUUCUUAUUUGCUUCAAUGUUAUCCUUUUGUUAUUGAUUACAUUAUUUCUUUCUUGCUUCAUUUUCCUUCCUUUCUUUUUCCUUUCUUCAUUUCCUUCUUUCUUUCUUUCUCUCUCUCUCUCUCACUAGCUUGCACGCUUCAUUUAUUAAUGUUUCUACUUUCUUUUUUGCUUUUUUCAAUCUUUCUUUCUUUUAAUUUUGCAUUCAUGCGCGCUUACUUCCUUUCUAUCCUUAUUUCUUCCUUCCAUUCUUUCUUUCUUUCUAAUUGCUGUCUAUAUCUUCUUUCUUUCCUUCAAUUAUUUCUUCCUUGCUUUCAUUAUUUCAUUCAUUUUUUCUUUCUUUCAAACUUUUAUCAAAACGUUCUAUUUUGCAAGAAUUCAUGA